AUGGCCGAGAGUGUCAGGAAGAAAGUCCAUAAGGGGUCAGAGGUUAUGGCCAUAUCCGACAGGUAUGAAGUCCUGUCAGAAUCUGAGGGAGAUUAUGAGAGAGAACUGAAGAAAAUAGAUGAUGAAUGUGAAGGGGACACUGAGGAUCCCCCGACCAAAAGGAAACCCUAUGCUGUAGAGUCCCAGCCCAAUGAAUCCUCUAUUCGAUCUCAGAAGCCGAAACGCCUGCAGCAGCAGCUGCUCCAAUUAUCCUGGGUGUCACAUCCCAUCCCUGGUGUGAUUCCGGACGUCUACCCUCUACAUGUCACCUGGAAUACAUCUAAAUCAUAUGAAGCGGUCUCGGUUCUGACUCGUGAAAUCUGCCCUCAAAAAUCCAUAUGGCGGGUGACGAAGGAGCAGACUGCCGUGAAAGCCAAGUACCCGGCUGUGGUGAAGAAGCAUGAAUAUUUGGACCACACUGCUGACGUACAACUACAUGCUUGGGGGGAAACAUUGGAGGAAGCAUUUGAACAAUGUGCCAAGGCUAUGUUCGGCUACAUGACUGAUAUAGAGACUGUGUCGCCUAUAGAUACAGUAGACGUGGAGGCUAAAGGGGGGGAUUUGCUCUCUUUACUGUAUAACUUCCUAGACGAGUGGCUCUAUAAGUUCAGUGCUGAUCAGUACUUCAUACCUCGGGAGGUGAAAGUGCUACACAUAGACAGAAUGAAUUUCAAGAUCCGUUCUAUUGGGUGGGGAAAAGAAUUUAGUUUAUCUAAGCACCCACAGGGCACAGAAGUGAAAGCCAUUACAUAUUCAGCCAUGCAGAUCUGUGAUGAAGAGAAGCCUGAGGUUUUCGUCAUUAUAGAUAUUUGAAGUUUACUAGAAUUCUCCUCGAUCAUUAGAGACGGCAGAGAUUCCUCGGAACA